AUCGCAGACGUCACACAUCAGCCAAUCACAAGACUCUGCCCCUUCGUGACGCCAUAAGCGCGUGUCUGUAUGAUGCUUUAAAAGCAGGCGCGGAACUUGAAGCACCAUUUUCUACGUUCGCAGAACAACUGAACAAGUGCACCGCAGCGAUGGCAAGAACCAAGCAGACGGCCCGUAAAUCCACCGGAGGCAAAGCCCCGAGGAAGCAGCUCGCCACCAAAGCCGCCCGUAAGAGCGCUCCAGCCACCGGCGGCGUCAAGAAGCCUCACCGCUACAGGCCCGGCACCGUGGCUCUGCGAGAGAUCCGUCGCUACCAGAAAUCCACCGAGCUGCUGAUCCGCAAGCUGCCCUUCCAGCGUCUGGUGCGAGAGAUCGCUCAGGACUUCAAGACGGACCUGCGUUUCCAGAGCUCCGCCGUCAUGGCCCUGCAGGAGUCCAGCGAGGCUUAUCUGGUCGGUCUGUUCGAGGACACCAACCUGUGCGCCAUCCACGCCAAGAGAGUCACCAUCAUGCCCAAAGACAUCCAGCUGGCCCGCCGCAUCCGUGGAGAGCGCGCUUAAACGCCUGACAUAACAAGUCUUGAAACCCACCCAAAGGCUCUUUUCAGAGCCACCAAAAUCGCACCGAACGAGAGAAUUUUCGCUUUAACACUGAGUAUAACGAGUAAGAUCGCAACACUGCCCA